CAGCUGCUAAUUAACUUGACCCUCUGCCCAUCUAUUGAUUCAUUUCUUGUCUUCCUCGCUACUGUUUCGCCCAACUCCCUGCACUCUCCCCCCACUCUUUUUGCCUGUGGGGCUGCUUCCCUCUCUUUAACUGUUAACAGAAACUCGUGAAGCAAGAAACAGAAAGAGAAGAGAGAGAGCGAGAGAGCAACACGACAAAUUCAAUACCCACACGGCAACCCGCCACAGAGAUCUAACGGGAACUUGAAUUCUGAAUUCUCUCUCUUGUCUCCGGUCAAGAAAUGAGGGAACCGACAAUGAUCGACGGCAACAGCAAUGCCUCCUCCUCGCCAUUACCGCCUCCACCGCAGGCUUUGCUCGAGCGCCUCAAGGACUACGGCCAGGAAGAUGUUUUCGCGCUCUGGGAAGAGCUCUCCGCCGACGAACGCGACUUCCUCGUCAAGGACAUCGAGGGUCUAGAUCUUCCGAGGCUGGAUCGGAUAAUCCGAUGUUCACUUCGAUCUCAGGCUCUGCCAGUAGCCGCCAUUGAGCCGGUGCCAGAGAACAGUGUGUCUACGGUAGAGGAGAGGUCGAUGGAAGAUAGAGAGCGGUGGUGGAAGAUGGGAUUAAAAGCAAUCUCUGGCGGGAAGUUGGCCGUUCUGCUUUUAUCCGGCGGUCAGGGAACACGGCUUGGAAGUUCUGAUCCAAAAGGAUGUUUCAACAUUGGACUUCCAUCUGGGAAGUCUCUUUUUCAACUUCAAGCUGAGAGAAUUCUGUGCGUCCAAAGGUUAGCUGCUCAAGCUGCUACUGAAGGUUCAGGAGGCUCAGCACAAAUUCAUUGGUACAUAAUGACGAGUCCAUUCACUGAUGAGCCCACUCGGAAAUAUUUUGAAAGCCACAAGUACUUUGGCCUUGAAGCAGAUCAAGUAAGAGAAUUGGUCACCUUCUUCCAGCAAGGCACCAUACCUUCUGUUUCGACUGAUGGUAGAUUUAUCAUGGAGACUCCAUUCAAGGUGUCCAAGGCCCCAGAUGGGAAUGGAGGGGUAUAUUCAGCUCUUAAAUCAUCAAGAUUGCUGGAAGAUAUGGCAUCAAGAGGGAUUAAAUAUGUUGACUGCUAUGGAGUUGAUAAUGCAUUGGUCCGUGUUGCUGACCCAACUUUUGUCGGAUAUUUCAUGGAUAAAGGAGUCUCUGCUGCCGCAAAAGUUGUUCGCAAGGCUUAUCCCCAAGAAAAGGUGGGUGUAUUUGUGAGGCGAGGGAAAGGUGGACCUCUUACUGUGGUUGAGUACAGCGAGUUGGAUCAGUCAUUAGCUUCAGCAGUGAACCAGCAAACUGGACGCCUUCGUUUUUGUUGGAGUAAUGUAUGUCUGCACAUGUUCUCUUUGGAUUUUCUUAAUCAAGUUGCUAAUGGCCUCGAGAAAGAUAGCACUUACCAUCUUGCAGAGAAAAAGAUCCCAUCAAUUCAUGGAUUCACAAUGGGAUAUAAACUUGAGCAAUUCAUAUUUGAUGCAUUUCCAUAUGCUCCUUCAACUGCUCUUUUCGAGGUGCUGCGUGAAGAAGAGUUUGCGCCAGUGAAAAAUGCGAACGGCUCAAAUUUCGAUACUCCAGACAGUGCCAGGCUUCUCGUGCUUCGACUUCACACUCGUUGGGUUGUCGCUGCAGGGGGCUUUUUAACGCAUUCAGUACCCUUAUACGCUACUGGCGUGGAGGUAUCGCCCCUUUGUUCUUAUGCCGGCGAAAAUCUAGAAGCAAUCUGCCGUGGAAGGACAUUUCACGCACCUUGCGAGAUUUCGUUCUAGUGGUAGUUCGCUGUAUGUUGAGUUUGCAGUUGCGCUCGACUCGUCAUGAUUGAAACGAGAGAGGAGGUGUGUUACUUGCAUAUUCGCGUGCUCUUUUGUAUUGCAUAGAUGAUGAGUGGGGAAAUGUAUGCUCGGGUCGGUGUGUGUACAAGUUUGGGAUGUUGGUAUAUGUUUUUUUGGCUUUUGAGUGCUGUGAUUUUUCAGUGUAUAUUUUGAGGAAAACCGUCACGGAACAAAGUUACUGUUUUGUUCAUGCCUGCAAUUUUUUCUCGAUGUAGUUUUGAGGCUAUUCGAAUACUUCAAUAAAAAUGAUGAGGUUUCAGGUUUUCUUGUUGUAGAAGCUUUGUAUUAUAUGGAAGGUUGUCAACCUACGGCUUGGCCCGCUUUGAUCCUGAUACGGUGAGAAAAACGGGUCGUACACAUCCGUCGGGUUGAUAAGCUGCAAGGUAUUGAAUUGGAGGUCAAACGACAUAAUUUUUCCUUUGGUCUGUGAAAUGCACCUGCUUUACUGUUUUUCUUUUCGCUUAACCCAAUAUUAGGAAUUCUAAGUUGAACAUUGAU